AUGGACUGUCAUGCUGAAGCUGAAGUCUGUUCAGGGACCAGCUGUCUGGUUCCUCCCAGUAACUUCAACGCCAUUCUGGGCUUGACCCUUAGAACCGUGAUGACGAUCAUGUUGUCCUUUGUCGUGUUUGCCAUGGGCUGCUCUGUGGACCUGUACAAAUUCCUGGGUCACCUGCGGAGACCCUGGGGCAUCACCAUUGGUUUUUUGUGUCAGUUUGGGAUUAUGCCCUUCACAGCCUUCUUCCUGUCACUGGUCUUCAAUGUGCUGCCUGUGCAGGCUGUGGGCGUCAUAAUCAUGGGCUGUUGUCCUGGAGGAUCAUCAUCCAACAUUAUCUGCUACUACCUCGAUGGAGACAUGGACCUCAGUAUCAGUAUGACAGCCUGUUCCUCCAUCAUGGCCAUGGGUAUGAUGCCUCUCUGUCUUCUGAUCUACACUUCGGUGUGGGUGUCACCCGACACCAUCCAGAUCCCAUACCAAACUAUUGGGAUCACUCUUGUGGCUCUCCUGGUUCCCAUUGGAUUUGGGGCGUUGAUGAAACACAAAUGGCCACAGAUAGCCAAAAAGAUCCUCAAGAUUGGUUCCAUGAUUGGAUUUAUUCUAAUUGUUGUCAUUGCUGUGGUGGGAGGCAUCCUCUAUCAGUCCUCAUGGAACAUUCACCCAAAACUCUGGAUUAUUGGGACCAUCUUUCCUUUUAUUGGCUUUGGGCUGGGCUUCUGCUUCGCUCGCUUUACUGGACAGCCCUGGUUCAGGUGCCGUACCAUUGCAUUGGAGACGGGCUUCCAGAACGCCCAACUGUGCAGCACCAUAACCCAGCUGUCCUUCUCUCCUACUGAGCUGGAAGUCAUGUUCGCCAUCCCGCUCAUCUACACUAUCUUCCAGAUUGUUGCGGUCCUCCUAGGUGUAGCAAGUUUCCAGUUGUACAAAAGGAAGUGCAGAGGUGACGUGUCUGAGGACAGUGAGACGCCUGAUCUGGGGGACGGAGAGGUAGGAGCUGGAAAAAUAAAGCCUUUGGAGAACAGUGGAUUUGAAAUGAAUGAGGACAGUGCGGAGAAGAGUAAGGACUAUGAUAACAACACACAGUUCUGA